AUGAAAGGCGAAUACACUCCCCUCCCGACCACAGAGAACGGCGAGCGCGAUGAGGUCGCGCCUCGCACCAUCUGGAAGCGGGCGCUUCCCUUCCUGGCACUCUUCGCUCUAGUCGGUGUUCUGGCCAUCACCAACCCGAUGGGCUGCGGACGCAAGGACCAGAUCAUCAAGGGCUUCAAGGUGCCAGGCUAUUCUCACCUUCCAGUGGGCGAAAUCGACCCGUUCCACCUGGACGACGAGCCCCACCGUCGGCCCCACCACCACGGCCACCACAAGGAGCAUCACACGACCAAGUACACCACCGCGACUCUGGCCGCAGAGCUCAAGGAGGCUGCGUGCCCACCCCAGCCGGAGCCCCUGAACGUCGGCCCUGUUUGGGAGCCCUGGGCGGACGAGACAUUUGCGCACAAGGCCGCCGAGCGCCUCUCCAAGGCCGUACAGAUCAACACCGUCUCGACGGAUGACCUCCCGGAUGACCCCACCGACCCGCGCUUCGAUGGGCACUACAAGUUUGCCGAAUACCUCGAGGCCGAGUACCCCACCAUCUACGAGCACCUCGAGCACGAGAAUGUCAACACCCACGGUCACCUCUUCACUUGGAAGGGCACUGAUGAGAGCCUCAAGCCCAUCUUCCUCAUGGCACACGUGGACACCGUACCAGUCAACCCCGAGACGGUCGGCCAGUGGACGUUCCCCCCUUGGAGCGGCGAGAUCAGCUACGACGCCACUCCCGAGACCCCCGGGACGUGGAUCUGGGGCCGUGGCGCGAGCGACUGCAAGAACUCGCUCAUGGGCAUUCUCCACGCGGUGGAGAAGCUCGUCAACGAGGGCUUUACGCCCGGUCGCACUGUGCUCAUCGGCUACGGCUUUGACGAGGAGAUUGGCGGCGCCCGUGGCGCCCUUAAGAUCAAGGAGGUUAUCGAGGAGCGCUACGGUGACGACAGCAUCGCGUUCAUCAUCGACGAGGGCUUCUCGGGUAUCGAGGAGGCGUACGGCAUUCCCGUUGCGUCUCUCGGUAUGGCCGAGAAGGGCUCGGUGAGCAUCAAGCUCACCGUCGACACGCCCGGCGGCCACGCGUCCGUCGCCCCCGUCCACACUGGCAUCGGCUACAUGUCGCGCUUCCUCUCGGCUCUCGAGGACCACCCUUACAAGCCUGAGAUGACGGCGCAGUCGCCGUACCUCAAGUACAUGUCGUGCCUCGUCGAGUACGCGCCCAAGUUCCCCAAGAGCGUGGCACGUAGUGUCAAGAACCCGAAGAAGUGGCACAAGCUCGCUAAGGACCUCGCCAAGAGCGACCGCGUGCUCAACGCAUUCCUCUCGACGACGUCCGCCAUCGACCUCAUCAACGGUGGCGUCAAGAUCAACGCGCUCCCAGAGAAGGUUGACGCGUCCGUUAACCACCGCAUCUCGUUCGUCUCGUCGGUCAACGCGACGCUGCAGCACUACGUCGACCUCAUGACCCCGCUCGCGGCCAAGUACGGCUUCAGCAGCACGAUCUUCGGCGCCGAGCACGGCAAGAAGAGCAGCAAGCACCUGACGAUCGAGAUUAUCGGCAACGAGAACAAGCACGGCCUCGAGCCCGCGCCGAUCACCCCCGGCGACAGUGACGCGUUCGCCUACAUCGCUGGCACUGUCAAGACCGUGUUCGGCGCGAAGACGGUCGUCGCGCCCACUGGCAUGUUUGCAAACACGGACACGGCCCGCACCUGGUCGCUCACCAAGCACAUCUACCGCUGGACGCCUGCGGACCUCAACGAGGCCGGCGGCAUCCACACUGUCAACGAGCGCAUCAGCCUCCACGGGCACCUCACCACGACUGGGUUCUACUACAAGCUCAUUCGCAACACCGAGGGGUGGACUAAGUAG